AUGGAUCUUGGUUUUGACAUCCUCGAUGGUAUCUGGGCUCUAAACCUCGAAAACGAGGGUCUCACCAGUCAACUUCUUGAUGAAGAUUCUCUGGAUGUGCAGAACGAGAUGGAGAUCUUGGUCAAGACGAUCACCAUCAAGGUUGAUCCAUCUGACACCAUCGACGUUGUCAAGACAAAGGUCCAAGAUCAGCAGCGCCUUGUUUUCAAUGGGGAGCAGCUUGAAGACGAGCGUACUCUGGCUGAUUAUGACAUCCAGGACGAAUCCACUCUCACCCUCGAUCUGCCCAUCCAAAGGAGGAGGGUGCUAAUCCGUGUCGAAACGCCAUUGCAAAUCCACCCUCUCUACGGCCCCGACGACCGCGCCCCCUCCCGCGCCGUCCUCGCGCUCAAGCGCCGCCCGCGCAUCCACGCCGGCGUCAGUCGCGUCGAGGAGGUCGAGGAGCCCCUCGACCCCGCCCUCGCCCUCGCCUGCCUCGACGACCCCGCCCGCCUCGGCGCCGUCGACUCCCCCAUCGUCCGGCUCGUCUCCGACGAGUACGGCGUCGGCGGGGACAAAGCGCCGUUCGUCUGCCUCGGCGGCUUCCGGAACACCCGCGGCGUCUAUGAGCUCGGGGAGGGUGAGGGGCAAGGGCUCAUGCUGGAGCUGGACGAGACGCAUUUCGAUUUCGGCACCAACUACGAGCUCGAGUGCAAGACCGCGGAGCCCGACCAGGCCAAGGAGGUCCUCGAGCGGCUGCUCACGGUCGCUGGGGUGCCGUAUGAGUACUCCCGGAGCAAUAAGUUCGCGUGCUUCAUGGCCGGGAAGCUGCUUCCAUGACUAGAAACCAAGACUUCAAAAGUGACAGUGCAGCGGAGCAAAGGUUGCUGAUCAUGAUGGCCACCGAGGUGUUCCAUUGACGACGACUUGGAUGGGGCCCGCUGAUUCUCGGGAUAAAUUCUUGAGCAACUUGUUGCCCUGUCGCUUGAUAGCCUGGCUAGCUUCUGCUGUUAUGUUUUGCGCUGUUGGUUGUUAAUCUUCAGACUUGUUCUUGUUCCCUGGGUGUGGGAGGAUGUCUCUGCUGUGAUGCGUUGGUCCUUUUUAUGGUGCUGAGUUGAUAGCUCUUCAUAGUUUGAUAUCCUUCCUGUGUUCGUUAGCCUCUGUGCUUCCGCAAAAAUGCAUUUGUGUUAUCAAUUUCAGCAAUGAAAUUAGGAGCAAGGCUCUGUUUCUAAAAAAGAAAAGAAAAUGAAAAGCCACCGUCAGGAAUUGGAA